AUGUCUCAGUACAUUGGUAAGACCAUUUCAUUGGUUUCAGUUACGGAAAAUCGUUAUGUGGGGUUAUUAGAAGGUAUUGACUCUGAAAAAGGUACCGUUACACUUGGUGAUGUUCGUUGCUUUGGUACCGAAGGUCGUAAAGGUUGGGGUCCUGAAGAAAUUUAUCCAAAUGCUACAGUUUAUCGCUCUGUGAAGUUCAAUGGUAAUGAAGUUAAAGAUUUAAGCAUUUUAGAUAUGAAGUUGGAGGAUGUUCAACCUGUAAUGGCGCCUCAACCACAACCUAAUCAGUUUCAAAAUCAAAUGCCAGCUGCUGUUGCGGGUUAUGGUGUUUAUGCUCCAGCACCAAACACUAAUGGUGAUGCUUCUGGCGCUGAACAGCCUUCACAACAGACUUCGCCAUCAGCACCAUCAGCUACGACUGCAACGACUGUAGGAGGUUCAGCUUCAACUACUCAGCAGCAACAGCAACAGCAUCAACAACAGCAACAGAAACAACCACAGCAACAACAAAUCCCACCUCAGCAACCACCUGUUGCUUCUACUGCUGGUCCUGGUGUUCCUCCCGCUCAACGGGUUCCAGCUGAAGAUGCUCAAUCAGUUCAGGGUAUGCCAGAAUUCGAUUUCCAAGGUAAUAAUGCAAAAUUUGCCGCACCUAGUGCAGCUAACGCUACCUCCGAUACAUUCUACAACAAAAAAUCCUCAUUUUUCGAUUCAAUUUCAACAUCUACAGAGGUCAAUACUAAUAUGCGUUGGCAAGAGGAAAAAGUCAUGAAUAUGGAUACUUUCGGACAGGCGUCUGCAAGACCACGUUUUACAGGUCGUGGUGGCAGAAGAGGUCGCGGUGGUGGUCGUGGUGGCUUCCGCGGCAGAGGUGGUGGUUACAGAGGUAAAAUAAGACAAAAUUCAAACCGCGGUAAUAGCGGUGAUGCACAUCUACAAAACCAACAACAACAGCAUGGUUCAGUUGAAUUUUAG